UUAAGGACGUCCCAGGUCCAACACUCGGUCAUUCUCAGCUCCGUUCGGCUCAGCAUUGUUCCGAGCAAUUAGGGUUGGCACAACUUGACGUCCCUUUGCGUACACGACCACAGAUAAGAUAAUGACUUGAAUUUUGACAAACCUAAAUAGUCGAAAGGGAUAUUGCCUUACAACUUAGAAAAGCAAGAUCGCUGUCAAACUUCGGUUUUGUAGGAAGUGUCAUUUCUGUACGGUAGUAACUACUAUUAUUUAUUCUGUUCCACCAUGCACACUAGAGCCUAAUUCAUAUGGGGCCCAAUACAUUCCACGACUCUUCUCUUUCCAAACAGACUCUACGUGUUUAGCGAUAACUGCCAUGAAGGGCCCUCCACACUCAUCCGUGAAUCACGGCGCGAAUCCGCCAACGUGUGGCGUCGAUUUCGCAGCUUAAAUCUUCGCGCUCUGUUCCCCCGUUUUUUGACGGUUUUUUGGCCACGUCAAAGGAGGCGCAUUACAGCAUUGCGGCACAUUACACAAUAUUCGGGCUCAUCUGUUAUAGCUAUAUUUAACGGUUUCUGAAAAGUUUUACUCGAAAUUUACUUAAUACUGAACGCAUCAUAACAUUAUAUGUCAAAUGCCAGUACUGUCAACAUUGACAUUAUAACCUCCAAAUAUUAUAAAACCCAAAACCGAGGAAUCACGAAUAAGAACAAUAUUUUCUCUUAUAUAGAAAGAGUUAUUUUGUAAUUGUAAAGUAAAAUCCAUAAAACAAACCAAAAAUAUCAUUUAAAAGUGCCUUUUAUCACGAGACAAUGAAUAUAGCUCGUACAAUUUGCACAAUUCGCAACAAAAAUGUCAGCAAAAAAGUGUUCAGAAAUUUUCGCAUAUCUUCCUCAAACUACGAUUCAACGCACGCAUCGCAGCCUAAAGUGCAAGAAGAGAAGUACGACUUCGAGGAUUUGAAGGUUAUAGAGCGCGUGGAGAACAGAAAAGCCGCCAUUCCGCCUUUUAUGAAGAAUGUAUUCGUAUCUAUAUUCGACCGGGAGUUACUCGCUUAUCCUGAAAUAUUAAACAAAGAUGACAGUGCAGACUUGGACAAGAGAGUGUCUAGAUUGCAGGCGGUGUUUGGGAACCCGGAGAAAACAAAAGAAGAGCGUAAAGAAGUGUUGAAACAGAAUCAAAUGUACGCGGCGCCUGUAGCUUUGACUCUCGGUGGGUUGGCUAUGAAUGUUACAGAGAGUAUAAGGUACCUAGAAACAAUAUCAUCAGACCUUCAACUGGCCCAGCAGCUGAGCGACCACUGGGUAGCCCUGGAGGCUUUAAAGGCCGGUCUCCGAUCUGAGCAGUUCCGGCAGAUCCUGGACGACCUGGUCGCCGGAGAGAAUACAGUUUCUCUUUGUGUGAAGGAGAAGCUAGCUGAGAGGAUAUCGCAGGCUGAUUUUAGGACCAUCGCGGAGAUGGAUGGGCAAGAGAUAUGGAGGAUCUCUGGUGAAAAAGUCUGCAGUGCCACGACCGGCUACUUCUUAGUCCUGGGAAGCUCUGAAGCGGGCAGGAUCAGGGCGUUCCUGGUGCAUCCUGGCGCCGCGGGCGUGACGGCUACUGGGGACUUCGUCACCUUCCAGAAGACACCAGCUACGCCGCUCGAUGAAGUAACAGAAGUGGCUCUAGCACAAAUCCUGGGUGCGUCGCGGCUGCACACCGCGACCUUGUGUCGCUGCAGCCUCCAGCGCGCCAUGCUGGCGGCGAUCGACUACAUCAGAGACCGGGUUUUUAACGGCAAACCAUUGUCCGAGAUGCCAACUCUCCGCUCCACCAUAGGAUCCACGCUACUUGAUAUAUAUGCCUCAGAAAGUGCAGAAUACUUUACAGCAGGCUUGCUAGACGGAUAUCUUAAUCCUGACGCCGAGAUGGAGAUGGCUAUGUGCAGAAACUUCAUAGCGUCCACCGGGCUUGCCAGAAGUCUGGACCUCCUGUCUAUUCCUCCACUGGAGAACCAAAAGGAAUUCAGUCGGUACCUUGAAGAUAUGCGGCUGCUUACGUUCCGGGGAGAGAACAGAGAUGGCGUCAAUAUAUUCAUUGCACUGAACGGUAUCCACCAUGCCGGUAAAGUGAUGGCAGAAGAAAUAAAGCAGAUUAGGAACCCUCUGUUCCACCCCAGCUUCAUCGUCAAGAAGGUGUUCGCCAACAGGCAUCAGGAGAAAGACGACCCCAAGUUGAACCUGUACUUGGCGGAGCACCUGCACCCGUCGCUCCGGCCGGCCGCCGAGCAGCUGGAGUACAGCGUGCUCAGAAUGAGAUUCGCGUGCGAAACUAUCAUGGGACGCCAUGGAAACAAAGUGGGGGAGGCGUUCACUGAACUGAACAGAUUGGCAGAGGCUGCGACCGAGAUUCUAGUUAUGACGGCCGUCCUCGCUAGAGCUUCAAGAUCGUACUGUAUUGGAGUCCGCAACGCCGAACUAGAGAUGAAGCUAGCCGCAUGCUUCGUCGAACAAUCCAGAGAUCGAGUGAGAAAACUCAUCAAAGAACUGGAUGACGGGGAAUUCAUCAAUUUAGAUCAUUUCAAGCUCCAGUUUGGGAAGAGGGUACUUGAUACUAAAUCCGUUGUGGUUGAAAAGGCAACUACUAGAGUGUUUUGGUAGAAUGUAGUAGAAUAAAUGUUGUUAAUUAUUA